AUGAAAGUCUCCGGAACUUUGCGUCAGUACCGGAUCAUCGGCCGUCAUGUGCCGGACAAAGCGAAUCCGUCGCCACCGCUGUAUCGGAUGACGAUCUUCGCACCCGACCAUAUUGUGGCCAAAUCGCGCUUUUGGUACUUCACCCGAAAGCUAAGGAAAGUGAAGAAAGCGAACGGAGAGAUCGUUGAGGUGAAGGAAGUCCAGGAGAACAGACCCGCCGAUAAGGUGAAGAACUACGGCGUUUGGCUGCGCUAUAACUCCCGCACCGGCACUCACAACAUGUACAGAGAGUAUCGCGACAUCUCUGUGGCCAACGCCGUCACCUCUUGCUGCGAUGAGAGCUAUUUGGAGCGCUUUAACCGCCACUACGCGGGUGUCAUGAAGUAUGUAAGUCAAGGCCCACUCCUGGUGGACGUCAUGAUGCAUAGACCCCACAGUCAGGCCAAGAACUUCAUGGACUCACUGCUGGCCUUCUGGCCCGGCCUUCAAGUACUUAAGGGCGAUCUAAAGCCCGCCAUCGAAACGCAUGAAAUGCUGUAUCAAGUGAUGCAAAAACACCGUUUCCUACCCGAAGCGUUCACCACUGACUUCAGUGUCCAUUGGGCUCACCAUCCGCUGAGACCGGAGUUCUUGGAGAGCACUUACUUCCUAUACAAAGCUACCGGUGAUCCCCACUAUCUAGAAGUGGGCAAAACAGUGCUCAACACUCUGCAAGAGUUCGCACGCGUCGAGUGUGGCUUCGCAUCCGUGAAAGAUGUGCGGACGGGUGGACACGAAGACCGAAUGGAUUCGUUUGUUUUGGCCGAAACUCUUAAAUACCUGUAUUUGUUGUUCGCCCGCAAAGAAGACAUCGAUUUAGAUUUGGAUGAAUUUGUGUUCACCACUGAAGCCCAUCUGUUGCCGCUAUCGUUGGCCAACUUUAACAUAACGGGCGGCAAAACUACUCAUAAACUUCGGGCGCAGUCAUUGAUCUCAUACAGCGACGAGCGAUACGUUAGGGAAUGCCCUAACACUCGGCUAUUGCUGUACAAACAUCACGGACUCAACUACGGCAACAGUAUUCGCACAAAUAUGAAAGACUUUGUGAUUAAGUCGAGUCAAUCGGCGUAUAAACAGCCGCUGCGGUCGAAGGGCUCGCGAUUUCCCAAACUAAAGGCCUCCGAGUUCUCGGCCAACAAUAAAGACCACUUAGAGAUCGUUAAGCAGAUGGGCAUCACUGUUGUCGUGUUGGCCGACGGAAGGGUACAAUUGGUGCACAACAGCGCCGCCGCCGCCAGCGCUGAGGACGCCGAAGAAGGCACUCAAUUCAUGCAAGAGAUGAUCGCAUUAUCCAAACAGCAAAUGAUUCAAAACGAGCAAAAACUGCGGUCCAUAUCAUUCACACUACCGAAGAGUAGCUCCGGUGACCUUAUGGUGAAUAUGGUGUUGAGCGCCGGUCCGGCGCAGUUCGGUCUCGACCUCAGCAACAUUGAGGAGACAAUUGACGGCAAUGUUGUGCUAUCGGAUCCGUUGAACGCAUGCAAAUGGCCGCUGAGGAAUGGCCUGCGAAUCAACGGCAAGAUUGUUGUCGUAGAGCGCGGCGACUGUAUGUUUGUGGACAAAGCGCGGAAUGUGCAGAAGAGUGGCGGCAUUGCCGUCAUUGUGAUGGAUAAUGUGGUGAACACGUCGUCCAAGACGUCGCCCAUGUUUGCCAUGUCUGGCGACGGUCACGACGACGUGGAUAUACCGGUGCUGUUCCUGUAUUGGGAAGACUCACGCCUACUGACCAGUGCUAUCGCACGUCAUCCGCAUCUCAUCCUAUCGUUGGGCGUACAGAACAGUAACGUCACGGAAACGACUCAAACCAUUGUCGACGACGGCAUCGAUUCGGACGCCGAUCUGAUGAACAGUGAGUCCAUUAGUGAUAGCAAUAGUGCCGACGGUUCGGUCAAAGGCGUGGCACAUGUGGUGGACGUGACCGAAGACCUGUUGGGCUCGGCGUCCGUCGACGCCAUCGACAUCGACAAAGUGUUGAAUGUGUUGAACGCCGACAUAUCCGACAAAUACAGCGAUUAUGUGAACAAACAAUUUAAGACAUUAGACAAUAAAUUAAUUGAAGACAUUUGGGACUCAGUGUUCAAAUCAACGGUUAAGACAAUGCAAGACGUGAUACAAUCCAAACACUAUAGAGAUGUGGAGCCAAUCGUGCGGCAAGUGUUCAGAGCGUCGCAGACACUGUCCGACGUGAAGAAGACUAUCCAUCACUGGAUCGAGUUCUUGAACGAAGAGAAACUAAUGAACAGUCGCUUCUGUAGUAAUCCAUUAGUGUCUUCCGUGGCAUUCAAGAAAUUCAUGAUUGGUUCCAACGUAUGUCUUAAGGGUUUAUAA